CAAUUUUUCUGAUAAGAGUCUACGGUUUGGCUGCUUUCAGAUUUAUUGAUUUUGUCUAACUAAACAGGAUAUAUGUUUACUGCACCGAGAAAUUGCAAAGUAAACUGAAGCUACUUAAAUAUGCAAUACAACAGGAAGCUUCAGUCUAUCUGGAAAAAUAUCUCCAUCGUCAUUGUAUCAUGCGUCCUAAUUAUUCGGGUUUUCUCCCUGGGCUACGUAGUGGGUGGAUUUAUUCUCAAGUUCCACGAACCACUGCUCCAUCUUGGUAGUAUCAGGAUGCUUAACAAUUUGCGCAUGGGCACUCUACCACUUGGUUCACUCCUCAACGCUUUGACGAUCUCGCUGAUACCGUCGAUGUUUUUCAACACAAUUAACACAAUUUUCUCAUUCGGUGGAAUUUGUAAAAGAAGCAACGGAUGUCUAAGAGCAAGUUCCAUUAUGAACAUUAUAAUAAUAUUGUACAAUACAAUAUUCACAGGGUUGUGGACAUGGUUGAUUGCUGAGCUAAAUCACAGUAUCCAGAAUUCGUUUUAUGAGAUGUACCACCACUGGACGACGGUAUCCCAUGACAAACUGAUGUGGAAUUCAAAAUUUGUCCCAAUGCGAUGUUGUGGUUUCAAUGGAACAAUUAUAGAUAUACUGUAUACAAAUGGCUGCACUUUCUCUGUCGGAUGUUUUGAUUACCUAGCAGGCACCAUCAAUACUUACGGAAGCUGUUAUAUAGCAGUACUUAUAGCGAACAUCGUUGCAGGGAUAACCAUGAUUGUUGGAACAGAGUACUUGCAUAGACUCCAAACGAUUGAUUCAAAAACGAAACAUAUUCCACGAUUAGACAGAGGAAAUAUUCACAAAUUUCGCAACGGGAUUUUAUGUCAAAUCUGUUUUAUCCUUAGAACAAAUUGGUCAAGGAAUCGACUGUCUUCAUUGUUUGGGUGUAUAUCAGCAUUUUCAGUGAUUUUUGAUGGAGGGAUUAUUGUAACCAUUCUUGCCAGUAGAUUCAGCUUGUAUGACAUAACAUCAACAGAUAUACUCUAUCACAUCAGUGGACCAUAUAGCAUAAACAUGGGAUACACCAAGGAUGCCCUUUUAAUAGCCUUUCUUUGUUUGCUUAUAUGGUCACUAGUUGCAAAGAUUUUAUACUUUUGUGGAAUAUAUUUCACCAAGAAGAAUUUGUUCGCUGCUUAUGUUUGUUCCGAUAUCUUUGUGCUGGUGGUGGAGAUUAUCAUUUUGGUGUUUGCGUCGCUUAUCAUUAAAGCUGUGUAUGACUGUAAGAAGGAUCCGUCCGAAUGCAAUGCCCAUUCAUGCCCCACCACGCCUGCAGUGCCGCAAGUCUGUAUAUCAACAACAUUCGUAUGGAUAUCUACUGGUAUUCUAAUUUUUCACAUCUUUCUGAAAGUAUGGUGUAUUAUAAUAUCGGAUCGUGUUUAUAAAAGUUCUUUUUCGAUGAAACUAUCACCACAACCAAAGUUCGAAACAUCUGAAAAAGACACUUUUGGAUUUUUCUAUACAGUAUUUUUAUCUAUGAAAAGACAUCCCUUGGUAGCUGUUUUGAUUGGAGUAUCUCUAAUAAUAUGCGUUGUUAAUUGUGUAUACUUUGCUGGACUUCUCAUCGUACGAUAUGGUUAUUCUUCCGACACUGAUCUAUCGGAUGUUUUACAUGCAAUUACAAUUGGAUAUCUAAACAUGUCGACGAUCAGAGACAAUGCAAUUAUUGUUAGUCUUGUUUCAAUUUCUGUGUCAUUCUUUCUUCAAUGUGGAAAAACGGUUUCUGUUGGGAUGCAUAAACCAAAGGUUACAUUACUGAUACUCUGGUCGGAAUUGCCUAUAGUUAUUUUACAACUUUCAGCCAUAUCAAUGACUUCCAUGGAGAUAAAACUGGUGUAUUGUUGCUCGAACGACACAGACUGUCAUUUUCAUUAUCAGGACAAUACAUCGGAAGAUUUUUCUUUCCACGGUGGUUCGAAAGCUUUUUUUUGUAGUAACACGGAGAACGUGCGGGACUAUGCUGUGCUACAGUUUUGGUUGAUGUUUGGAUUUGGUAUGCUAAGUUUGACUUCACAGGUCCUGUCUAUCGGUUUGGGCUACAAAUACUUUAAAAGAAGUGAUGAUGGUCAUCUAGGUAUUUUCAAAGGUGUUUCUGAACUUUUCAAGAAUAUAUGGUAUAAAGUAACAGACAAUAGAUACAUCAACGAAAAGAAUAUGCCAAAUUACAGCAGGAUGUUUGGAGUGUUUUGUAUCCUGAUGGGGGUUGGAUCGUUUAUUGAGAUUGUUUUUGCUAUAUCUCUGUAUACGUACUACUUCACGGAGGGUGAUUCAAACCAUUUCCUUGACAGUCUUAACCGUUUCACAUACUAUCGCUAUAACAUGGAGUCCCUCUACAGAGGAGUCUCCAUUACUGUGCUUGUCAUUAUUCCACUGACCACAGCUCUCCGUGUAGCUGUCUUCAUCUGGUUCUCCUUCAGAAGGACAACAUUUGCUUUAUACACGAUAUUUGUAUUCAUUAUCGUCUGGACGCUGGGAGAAGUCCUCAUUUUAUGCUACACAUCUUAUGUACUUAAACUGACUUACAAUUGUAUGGAUUCUGCUGUCUUCAGAUUUACAGAGGAUGUGGAACCGAGUCGAAGUACGGCUUGCACAGGACUUGGGAGUACGAUAUUUGUUCAAUCAGGAAUGAUUGUUGCCUACAUCAUUCUACAUAUCAUUCUAGACAUAGCCCUACUGAUUAUUUUAGAUGCAAUCAACCCCUAUCUUGUAAAGAGAAAUGACUGCAAACGGCUGACAAUGCGAUUGUGGCAUAAUAUUAUUGGAGAAAUAAAAAAAUAUUCUAAAACACAGAGGAUAUUUCUUGGGAUACAAGUUAUAUCUGUGAUUUUGAACUUCGCCUUUUGGAUAGGAAUUAUCUUGAUGGGACUAAUUCCAGGAUAUUUCUAUACUCAGUCUAGUUUUCUUUCCAACCUAUCUAGUAAUACCAAAACGAAAUUACUCGGAGUAAUGUAUUCAUUGAUACCGGUUGUUCCUCUAGAUGCCGCCAAUCACGUGUUGGGAACUGUAGCAUUAUUUAAACAGAAAAAAGAAGUGUUUAUAACGUUUGCUGUAUGUGAUAUCAUCUUGGGCAUCUGCGAUAUCAUUUAUUUUUUCUUUUCGACGGUCAUUCUUCAAUCUGUACAUAAAUCUAGUGCCCUAUUUUUUGGAUCAGCGUGUGUUUUGAUGGCGUACAUCGUGGAAACCUUCAUUAUACAUAUCACGGUAUUGGUUCUGUCACUAAAACUCGUCAGAGGAUUUCACAAACGAAUUGGAGACAAUAAUGAAAAUCAUUCCCUUAUAGCGAUGCGAAAUAUUCAGCAAGAAUUGGUCGUAAACAGACAUCACAUACUCCAUGCAGAAAAUGCUAUUGAAAAUUUAAGGUAUCAUCAGAACAGAAACGAGGAUUUACAAACCGAAAGAAGGAAAAAGAAAGCUGGAAAAGAAAGUGAAAUAAAAGAUAAAGCUGAAAAUGUAGACAAUAGAGAAAUCCGGCAAACCAUAAAAGAGAAUGGGAAAGAACAAGAACUGGAACAAACUAAAAGCCCGAUGAGACCCGAAGGUGGGACAGUAAAACAAAGAGACGAUGAAGACGGAAUCUUGCAUACCAUGGACGGGGGACUUCAAAACAAAGAAAAGGAACAUUCUAUAUACAAUAUAAACAAUACACAGGAGAAAAACGAAACUGAAUAGGAAUUUAUCGAAGUUGUUCAAGAAACGGAAGAUAUAACGGAUAAUGGAAAUAUCACAAACACGGGAGUAAAAAGACACCGCAAAAGAAAAACCAGAAAACAAAGAAAGAUUGAGGAAUUUGACAUCCAAAGAAUGGAAGUAGGUUCUCAAGAUGAAGAAGCAGGACAAGAAACAUAUUACUACAAAACUACGAAAACAAAUAUGCCUAUUGAAGAAUGGUAGCUUCUAAUGAUAUCGAUAGUAAAGAGGCAGUUCAAAGUUCUGUGGAUAUUGCUUUGAUUAUAUCAUUUAUUACAAUAUAAGCAGAUGAAAUAAAUUGUGUGGAGAGAAAUGUCGUAGAAUGAAAGGUGAAGAUAACGAACAGUGAUCAAUCUCAUAACUCCUAUAAGCAAUACAAAAUAGAUAGUUGGGCAAACACGGACCCCUGGAUACACCAGAGGUGGGAUCAGGUGCCUAGAAGGAGUAAGCAUCCCCUGUCGACCGGUCACACCCGCCGUGAGCGCUAUAUCUUGAUCAGGUAAACGGAGUUAUUCGUAGUCAAAAUCAGUGUGCCAAGAACGGCCUAACAAUCGGUAUGAAACAUGUCAGACAGCAUUUGACUCAAUGUUACUUAAUUGACUAUUUUUACUUCAACUUCAGUAACAUUCAUGAAUUUAAGGUACAUGUAUUCAAUGUAUAAUGAAAAAAGAUUGAUUGAUUGAA